CCCUCUGUGGUAGCAGGAACUAAUUCCCCUUCGGGUCACGCGGGACCUGGAGGUAGAAAUUUCACGGAUCAGGAUUCCCUGUGACCUUUGGAAGAGGGGACAAUCACUCCAAGUUAAAGAACCCCCUGCCAGCUCAAAAGCGGGGUUUCAUUUAAACUAGGGCUUUGGCCCCAUGACCCCAGUCAAGCCCCGCCCCUUCCUGGUUGUCUUAGCGACGGCGGUGGCGUCCCAAGAUGGCGUCGUGGCUGCCGGAGACUCUCUUCGAAAUCGUAGGACAAGGCCCGGCGCCGAGUAAAGACUACUACCAGUUAUUGGUCACCCGGUCUCAGGUCAUCUUUAGAUGGUGGAAGAUCUCUCUGAGGAGUGAGUAUCGAUCAACAAAACCUGGAGAAAUAAAAGAAACUCAUGAAGACUUCCUAGAGAAUUCACAUCUUCAAGUUCAAAUUGCCAUAAUAUUUGGUGCAAGAAUAGUAGACUAUGUCUUCAAUUUGUGUGAAGGUAAAUUUGACUUCCUUGAACGGCUCUCAGACGAUUUACUCCUGAGAAUCAUAUCUUAUCUGGAUCUUGAAGAUAUUGCCAGGCUUUCUCAAACAUCACGCAGAUUUGCAAAGCUGUGCGUGUCUGAUAAACUGUGGGAGCAGAUAGUCGCGUUGGCCUGUGACACCAUCACUCCUGACAUGAGGGCCCUGGCAGCGGACAUGGGCUGGAGGCAGAUGUUCUUCACCAACAAGCUCCAGCUCCAGCGGCAGCUCCGCAAGCAGAAACAAAAAUACGGAAGCCAGAGAGAGAAGCAACUUUAGGACGUUUUCCUACUAGCAGGGGAGCUGAGGCAUGGCUGUGUUUCUCUUCCCUGUCCGAUUCUCUUCUGUCUCCUUUUCUUAAGAACUAAGAGGUUUUGCUGACUCAAGGAGGCAUCUGCAAAGCGUAGAGGCUUUGCACACAAAUGCGGCAGAACCUGCUACCCAGUGCCUCGCUUGAAUCCCUGUCUCUGUCGUUCUUAGCUCAAAUUGUGGCCCAAGUGCAAGGGCUGCGAGACAGGAAGCCCUAUCCUGACACCCAUAAGAAAAGUGGCUUCUGCUAUGUAUAAACAAACAAUAAAUGAUUAUUA